GAUGAUUUUUUUUUCCAAAAAAAAUUUUCGAAGAUAAUGGACGUUGAUCGAUAAAAGUCGAAAGAUCUUGAUUUAAUUCAUUUGGAAUUAUUUAAAUUUGGUUUAAUUCAAGACGUAUCUUCAUCGUAGUCAUUAAUAAUUCGAUGUCAUCAACCCAUUAAGACGUCGACCAUUUAAUGAUUCUGAAAAAUUGAAACAAUCGGUGAAUCAUGUCCGAUUACGGUAACCGAAGAGGGCCAGGUCCAUUACCAGAUCGAUGGCUGCGCUGUCCUCGUAAAGCGAGCGGUCUAAUUGCGGAUAAAUUCUUGGCGUUUAAGGCUCCUCUAGAUGACAGAUUCGACGAACAAAUACCACCGGCAUGGAGAUUUCCACCGGCCAUGUUAUUCGAUUGGCUGACUAAGAACAAGCUGAAAAUGGGCCUGUGGAUCGAUCUCACUCGAACAAAUCGAUUCUACGAUCGUAAAGAAAUCGAAGACACCGGUUGCAAGUAUCUAAAAAUCGAAUGCCACGGUCACGAAGGCGCUCCUAAUGCCGAACAAACUGAAUUUUUUAUUAAAUUUUGUAAAAAUUUCAUCGCCAAAGAUCCGCUAUCGGUGAUAGGCGUUCAUUGUACUCAUGGUUUUAACCGUACCGGGUUCUUGAUUACUUCUUUUCUAGUUCAAGAGCUAGAUUACGCUGCCGAAGGCGCUCUACAGCAAUUCGCCAAAGUUCGUCCGCCCGGUAUUUACAAAGAAGAUUACAUCAAAGAGUUAUUCAAACGAUACGGCGACGAAAGCGAAGCCAUUCCGGCACCUCCUCGGCCCGAAUGGUGUUUCGAUGAAGAAAGCAGCAACGGCGGCGGCGAAUCUAGUACGACCAAUGGUUCGGAGCCUAAAAAUAAUAAUCGAAAAACCAAGUUUAAAGAUAAUCCUACGUUCAUGGAAGGUAUCCCUGGCGUAAUAGCAAUCACCGAUCGUAAAGAAGUUACUAGAAUUAGACAAAUGGUCCAACGUUUAACCAAUUACCCUAACGAUGGAUUCGUCGGAUCGCAACCAGUUUCCAUGGAUCAAGAAAACAUGAAAUUCUUAGCUCAAAAACCCUACAGAGUUUCGUGGAAAGCCGACGGUACUCGUUACAUGAUGUUUAUCUGUGGUAGAAACGAAGUGUUUUUCUUGGAUCGAGAUAACAGCGUUUUCAAAGUAGAUAAAUUACAGUUCUUUCAACGCGGCUCGAAGCAUCAUCUCACCAAUACCUUACUAGACGGUGAAAUGGUCAUAGAUAAAGAUGGCGAUAAGUGCUACCCGAGGUAUUUAGUCUACGAUGUGGUAUUCAUCAACGGCAUGAACGCCGGUAAAGAACCAUUCUUUCCUAAACGACUGCGAGAUAUAGCGAAAGAAAUCUGCGAUCCGAGAAUCGAAGCAAUGAAAGAUGGUCGUAUACGUAGAGAAGAAGAACCAUUCAGCGUUAGAGCGAAACCAUUUUACGAAAUUACUAAAACGUGCGAUCUUCUAGGCGAGAAAUUUGCCAAACAGUUGGCUCACGAACCCGAUGGGCUGAUUUUUCAACCUUCCGAAGAUCCUUAUACCUUCGGCCAGUCGCCCAAUGUACUCAAAUGGAAACCACUCUCGUUAAAUUCCAUUGAUUUCAGAUUGAAAGUAUUACCAGAGACUAGAAUGGGUUACGCUUAUCCUUUCUGCGGCCAUCUGUUAACUGCCGAUAACGCGAAGUUCGCCGAACUCAGUAAAUGCAACAAGAAACUCAAAGCGUUGGAUGGUAAAAUAAUCGAAUGCAAGUUGGAGAAUAAUCAAUGGAUCUUUAUGCGCGAAAGAACCGAUAAAUCGUUCCCAAAUAGCAGACAGACUGCUCAGGCUGUGUUGAAUAGUAUUAGAUUUCCUGUAACCGAAGGUACGUUGUUGGAGUUUAUCGAAUUACACGGUUUCAAAGAUCCUAUGCCACCUCCUAUGGCUCCUCCGCCUAAACGUAUCAAAACCAAUUGAACAGGCGAUCGUGUACCUAUUUGAUUUAAAAAUAGAAGUUUUAUUGUGUUAGUUAUUUGUGUACAAUAUCUCAGCUGUAAAUACGUGUAAAUAAUUUGAGCCAUUAGGCCGAUAUUAUUUUUUUAAAGAAAAUUUUGUACAGUCGACAAUUUAUGUCUAUUGAAUGUACCUACUCUUAAAGAGUUAUCGAAGUGAAAUUGUGAACAUAUAACGAAGUGCAUACCUAAUUUACUUUGAAACGAAAAAUAACGUUUCUUUCUGCUGUAAUGUUUUAUUUGACUUUUUAAAUUUUUAGCCAAUUUAAAAUCGCCUGUUACGCUUCUCUUAUUUUAGUUCAUCAUUUUUUUUUCUGGCACUAUAUAGUUAAGGAUGUAUUUUUUUCGAUGCAGAUGAAUUAUUUAUUUAAUACGUACGUAUUAUUGUGAUUUUUUAAGAUUGUUGGUAAAUAUAAUUCAAUACGAUGAAGUCCAAUGGACUUUGAUUUUGUAAAA